ACAUAAAGAGAGACAUAUGUACACAUGAACAUUAAAUGUCUAGUUGUUUAUAGCGCAUUCCGUGCUGCUCAGCCGCACCCAGGGUGGAAUGUUUCCAGGUGAGGUCCUACCGUCGACGGUCCCGGUCUCCGUAACACCGUCUGGGACAGGGCGUGUGCUGGGACCUGGCGGUCGAGCAGAAAGACAAAACAUCUUCACGCACAAACGUUUCAAGGACCGGUUGUAAUUCUACAAACUAAAAAUGUACCGCUUGCGGGCGUUGUCGGCCGCGGUUGUGGGGCUCGUGCAGUUGUCACGGCGUUACCAUGGUGAGGCUGUAAGGGGUGGGACCAGUAGGAGGAGACUGAUGCUUGCAGCUAUGGUGGGUGUAACUGGGACCUCGGCCAACGCUGGACUGCUCUGGACCAGAGCCUACGCAGACGCCGAGCCGUCUGUCAAGCACAGCCAGCGUCCCGAGGAGAAAGAGGAGUUUGUGAAAGCGGCCGAGUCGGAGAGUUUUGUGGAGGCCAGUGGCGGAGAGGAGGGUGAGGAAGGCGGAGGGGACGGGAAGAAGAAGAAACAGCGAUCAGGAUUUCGUGACCGCAAGGUGAUGGAGUAUGAGAAUAGGAUUAGAGCCUACUCCACUCCGGACAAGAUCUUCCGUUACUUCGCCACACUAAAGAUCAUUAGUGAGCAGGGAGAUGCAGAGGUUUACAUGACUCCACACGACUUUGUCCGCUCCAUCAGCCCAAAUGAGAAACAGCCAGAGAACCUGGGUCUGGACCAGUUCCAGGUGAAGCGAUAUGAUGGAAAGAAGAUUUCCCAGGAGAGGGAGAAGUUUGCGGAUCAGGACAGUAUCUUCUUCACACUGGGGGAGUGUGGUCUCAUCUCCUUCUCUGAUUACAUCUUCCUCACUACCGUGCUCUCUAGCCCACAGAGGAACUUUGAGAUCGCCUUCAAGAUGUUUGAUCUGAAUGGAGACGGAGAGGUGGACCUGGAGGAGUUUGAACAGGUCCAGAGUAUCAUCAGGUCUCAGACCAGUAUGGGGAUGCGUCAUCGGGACCGCUCCACUACGGGUAACACCCUGAAGACUGGCUGCAGCUCCGCUCUUACCACAUACUUCUUCGGUGCCGACCUGAAGGACAAACUGACCAUUGGACACUUCCUGGAGUUCCAGAGGAAAUUACAACAUGAUGUUCUCAAACUAGAGUUUAUGCGUAACGACCCAGUGGAUGGGUGUAUAACAGAGAGACAGUUUGGAGGUAUGCUGCUGUCCUACAGUGGGAUCCAGUCUCACAAACACAAACAGAUGCUGAAGGAACUCAAGAAGAAGUUCAGAGAUGCUCAGGGCAUUACAUUUGAAGAGGUGGAGAAUUUCUUCACCUUCCUGAAGAAUGUGAAUGAUGUGGACACAGCUCUGAGUUUCCACCACAUGGCCGGGGCGUCCAUAGACAAAGCCACGAUGAAGCAGGUAGCUCGUACGGUGGCUAAAGUGGAGCUGUCUGAUCAUGUGUGUGACGUUGUGUUUGCUCUGUUCGACUGUGAUGGUAAUGAAGAACUGAGUAAUAAAGAGUUUGUAGCGAUAAUGAAGCAGCGUCUGAUGCGAGGUCUAGAGAAGCCUAAAGACAUGGGUUUCACGCGGUUGGUACGAGCCAUGUUGAAGUGUGCCCAAGACACCGCACGGGACUUCGCCACUCCCAAACAGAAUUAGAGACCUGUGUCUGUGUGUCUGUGUGUGUGUGUGUGUGUGUGUGUGUGUGUGUGUGUGUGUGUGUGUGUGUGUCUACUUUACAUAAAGACCAGCCCGAGGCUUCCAUCUCCUUUCUUCUCUUCUUUUAAAUGCCAACAAUAGGCAGCUGUAACUCAGUAUAUCUCCACAGAACAAAGGGAAAUUAAGACAUACUCAUUAGGACCUCAGAUAUGAUGGAAACAUAAUCAGUCACGUAAUCUAUAACAAUGUGCUUUGUGCUUAGUUGGGCAUUAUACUGAAGUCUGUAUCCCAAAUGGCACCCUAUUCCCUAUACAGUACCCCAUUCCCUAUACCGUACCCUAUUCCCUAUACAGUAGCCUAUUCCCUAUACAGUAGCCUAUUCCCUAUACAGUAGCCUAUUCCCUA